AUGUAUAGGCUGGUUGCAAAAUUGAAGAGGUUAAGAGCUGUUUUGAGAUUUAUUAAUAAAGAAGGGAAAGGUGAUGUGUUUGUUAAAGAUACAGAGACCUUUUCUGAGUUGAUCAAAGUUCAAGAGAAGAUAAGAGAGCACCUAGGUGACAUUUCCUUUUUCCAUGAAGAGAUUACAGCCAGGAAGAAAUAUGUAGAGGCUCAUGAGGAUAUGGUUCAAUUUCUUAAACAGAAAGUGAAAAUUCAGUGGUUGAAAGAAGGGGAUCAAAACACGAAACUGUUUCAUAACAGUAUUAGAAGCAGAAGAAUUCAAAAUGCAAUCUAUUCUACUUGGGAUCUUCAAGGGAAUCGACAUGAUACUCAAGAUGGAGUCAGCCAUGCUUUUGAAGAAUAUUAUUUGGACUUGUUGGGAAUGAAAGUGGCGAGAAGGAAAUCAGUGAUUGCUAGUAUUGUUCAAGAAAGGCAGGUUAUUUCGGAAAGCCAAGCUGAGUUCUUGUUAAAGAGAUUUACCGAAGCUGAGGUUAAGGCUCUAGGACCUGAUGGGUAUAGAAGUGCUUUUUUCAAGCAUACAUGGGAUAUUACAGGUGUGGAUUUGGUUAAAGCAGUUCUUUCGUUUCUUCACUCGGGGAAAAUUUUAAAAGAAAUCAACACUACUACUAUCACACUCAUCCCUAAGACGAAAUGUCCUCAGAAUGUGAGUGAUUAUAGGUCGAUUGCCUACUGUAAUGUAGUGUAUAAAGUGGCCACUAAGAUGAUUUGUGCUAGGCUGAGAGAGGUUCUGCCCUCCAUCAUCUCAGAAAAUCAAAGUGGCUUUGUUAAAGGGAGGUUUAUAGCUCACAACAUCAUGAUUUGUCAAGAUUUAGUGAGGCAUUAUGGUAGGAAGAAUGCGCGUCCUGCUUGUUUUAUGAAAAUUGAUCUUCAAAAGGCUUAUGAUACCCUUGACUGGGACUUCUUACAAGAAAUGUUAGCGGCGCUUAAUUUUCCCAGCAAGUUUAUAGAGCUAAUUAUGGCUUGUGUGACAACACCUCAAUUUUCCUUCAUGAUAAAUGGAUCCAUUAAUGGAUAUCUGGCUUCCAAGAGGGGGUUACAUCAAGCGGAUCCAAUGUCUCCUCUGCUUUUUGUUAUUGGGAUGGAGUAUCUUUCAAGAAUCCUUGCCAAAGUGACGGAGCACCAGAGAUUUAGGUUCCACCCAAGAUGUGAGGGGUUGAGACUUACUCACCUUUGUUUUGCUGACGAUCUAUUAUUGUUCAGCAAAGGAGACUUUGAUUCAGCUCUUUUACUGUUAAAAGGUUUUCAACUAUUUUCAGAUAGGUCUAGUCUUAUUACAAACAAAGAUAAAUCAGCUAUAUAUGGAGCAUUGAUGCAAGAUGAGACUUGGGUUAGAUUGACUGAAAUGACUGGGUUCAAAAAAGGUCUCUUACCUUUCAAUUAUCUAGGGAUGAAGAUCAGCAACAAGCGUAUCACAAAGGCGGAUUGUGAGUGCUUGGUGGACAAAAUGAUGAUAAGAAUUCACACUUGGAGCACUCGAAACCUCUCAUUUGCUGGCAGGUGUGUUUUAAUUAACUCAGUCCUUUUUUCUAUUAAUACCUACUGGACUCAAAUAGUUAUUCUUCUGAAGGCUGUUGUGAAAAGAAUAAAUCAGCUUUGCCGAGCUUUCCUUUGGAAAGGUAGAGCUGAUUAUGAUGGGCCUGGACAAGUGGCUUGGGAGUAUACUUGUAAGACUAAAAAGAAUGGAGGUCUUGACUUUAGAGAUAUUGGUUUAUGGAAUAAAUGUGCAGUUGGUAAAUUUGUUUGGGCAAUUGAAAAAAAAGAAGAUAAUUUGUGGGUCAAAUGGUUUCACAAUGUGUAUUUGAAAGAGAAAGAGUGGUGGAGCUAUAAGCCUCCCUCUACUAGCAGCUGGUAUUGGUCUAAAAUAGUUCAGAUCAAGGAGGAGUUUCGAGCAGGUUUGGUUGCAGCUGAGUUCCGAAAGAAUACCUUUAGUAUAGCUUCCUUGUAUAGAAGUUUGAAGAGCUUGAAUGAGACCAAAUGGAACUACACUCUUUUAUGGAAUAGGAUGAGUAUUCCCAAGCAUAAGUUCAUUGCUUGGCUUGCUCUCAAGAAGAGAUUACAAACCAAAGACAAAUUGCUUCGUUUUGGAUUCAAUAUUGAUUCUUGCUGUGUGUUGUGUGGGCAGGUUAAUGAAACUCAUGAGCACAUUUUUUAUGGUUGUGCCUUUAGUACUAGGUGCAUUCAUGAGGUGUUGAACUGGAUGGGUAUUGGGACUAAUUUGUGCCAGCUUCGUGGUAUAGUGAAUUGGGUUAGGCGUUGUGGGCAUUCCAAUUGUCGAAGGCGGACGUACUUAUGUGCGAUUACUGCAAGUGUGUAUCAUAUUUGGUGCUCUAGGAAUGAUGCUUUAUGGAAUUCUAAAUCUCCAAUAGUCACAAAUGUAAUUAGAAAUAUAAAAAGAGAAAUCUGUAAUAGAUUUGCUUUCAUAGAUACAAAAGGCUUUAGCAAAGAGGAUAUGGAUUGGGUGGGGCAAUUACAUUGUAAUUAA